CGUCGUCUUCUUCUUCUUCGUUCCCUAUUCUCUUUGACACAAUCUCUCGAGUUGCUCAUCUUCCAUUCCCUUCUCGUUCAUCUUCUUCGUACUGCUUUCGAAAAUGUCUCAGUUAUUCUCUACUCUUUUAUUCGGGGAUAACGAAGAAUUUGAGUCUUUCUUGGGUGACGAGCUUAAGGGUUUCAAGGGGCGACUAUCAGAUUCCCAAGAGUCCUCCCUUACGUUGCACUUACCGCUACUGAUUUUGAUGGGCAACGAGGAUGACGCUUUGGAGAUGGCAGAAUUAGCUACUGAUGAAGAUGGUCCAAGGACACAGCCCGCCAGUGCCCAACUCGUUGAAAAGCUCGAGAUGAUAAGAAUCGAAGAAUCGGGUUUGGUGUGUUCGAUUUGCUCGGGCCAAUUGCCGGUCGGGUCGGAAGCUAGGCGAUUGCCAUGUUCUCAUGUCUACCAUGGCAACUGCAUCAUGGAGUGGCUGCAGAAGAGUAAGAGCAAGACCAAGACAUGUCCUCUUUGUCGAUUGUGUUGAUCGAUUGCUGGAUAAAUAAUUGGAUGGUAUGAUCAUUCCUUCUAAUUGAUUAAAAAUGAUUUUAUAUUAGGCUUUGUAGCGGAGACGCAAUUAACAAUUAAUUAUGUCA